AUGGAGCUCAACCCUUUCGCGAUGCCCAAGGGAGACACGGUGGAGGAAAUGCGCGAGACGCUUCGGCGCAUGGAACUCCGGGAGAAGGCCCAUCAGCAGUCUCUCAGCGUGUUUGAGAAGACAACCUUCGUGUCUCGGCAGGGCGGGACGAUGGCCGCCGCGCUCGCGGAGGUUUCCUCACCCCGCGGGAUCGGUGACGGCGAAAAUCUCAUAGGAGGCACGCGCACCAACGAGGAACUCAUCGCGGAUACUCUGCGAAGGGGCGAGGGCCACGGCAGGGAGAACCUGAAAGACUUCAUCUCCAAGAAGCGGGAGAUCUUCCUCACCCAGAUGUCGCUCGACGUCAAGCAAGCCGAGAUUCGCAAGCUCGAGGAGCGCGCGCUGCGCAGGGAGGAGGCACUGACUCGAUCGGAGCAGAUGUUGGAAGAGGAUGCGCUGCGUUUCGAAGGUUUCCUGAAGGAGAACGACCUGAAGGUACAGGAGGCGAUCCGCGCGGGCGAGGCGGAGACCAAGCAGAAGAACGACCGCGUGCAGGAGAUUAAGCGAAUCAACGCUCAGAUGACCGUGAUCAAGACCGAGCUCUCCAAGACGAGGGACAGGCUGGACGACUGCCGCAGGUACAAGACGUUCCUCGAUGACAUCACGGACCCCGAGUUCUUCGCGGCGGUUGGCGACGCUAAGCGCAUGCGGCGGGAGGAGAGGCGCCGGAAGAGACAGGCGGAGAGGGACGCGUACGCGGCGAUGGUGGACGCCAUCGGUUUGGCGGACCAGGAGAUUCCCGAGAAGGAGCGUGCCCUGGAGGAGGCGAAGCGGAAGGGUCGCAAGGCUGAGGCGGCGGCGCAGCUCGAGCUCGAGGCGGCGAUCAAGGCUGCGCAGGACGCGAGGGAGGCGGUUGACGCGGAGCCCUCACCCCCGGGGACGCCGGAGAAUGACGACUCGGACAGCGAGGUGCCGAUGUACUUCACCUCCCCGAGGCAGCUCCCGGAGAUCUACGGGCAGCUGGAGGAGGCCAACCUGUUCCUCAUUCAGAACGCGCAGGAGACGGAGGACAUCUUGGAGGAUUUGAAGAACAAGGAGAGGGAGGUCCGGGCGAGGAUGGAUGCCGAGAACGCGUCGCUGAGGACGCAGGUUGAGCAGCUCGAGGCGCAAAUCGAACGCGAGGAGGCCAAGGCUGACGCGCUCCUCAACGGGGCGGCCAAGACGCGGAGCAAGAAAAAGUCGGGUCCCCUGUCGAACGUCGCGCCGGCGCCUGGUUCCGACGUUUCGUUGGAGCGGCUCGACGAGAAGACGGCGGAGGUGUACGCCCGAGCGGGGUUCGCGCCGGAUCCGUCCAUAUCCACCAUACAGAUGUUGACGAACAUGGAGAUGCGUUUGGAGCGGUACCUCGCGGACGCGGACGUGAUGCCCGCGGCGUUCGUGGCGGAGGAAGAGAAACGUCUGGAGCGCGACAGGCGAGCGAAGCAGAGGAUCAUCAACCUCGAGCUGGAGAAGAUCGCCGCGGAGGAGCGCAGGGCGAAGAGCAUCGCCAAGGCGAACGAGCCCGUGAAGAAACGCACGGGCAAGCCCCUGAUGACUCGUUCGCUUCCGCCGUCGAGGAAGAAGAAAGAGGCGACGGAGAAGCUGGACCCAGAGGUGGAGGAGCUCAACAGGUUCUUAGCGAUGGACUUUUGA